GAGGGAGCCGGGGGAGGCUUAAAGGAGCCAUGUCCCCUGCGCGGCGGCCUCGGCUGCUGCUGCUGAAGAGGCCGGAGCCGGGCGGGGGGCCGAAGAGGAAGGUGCCGAGCGAGAUCGGGAAGCGCGCGAGCCCGCCCGCCCAGCCCCGAGGAGCUGUUGAGCGGGGCGCGCGAGGGUUGUCUGGCUGUAAUUCCUCCAAAUCUACCAAAGCCUUGAUAUUUGGUUUGUGAAAUCAACCCAGCAGCAUCCACAAGGAAUGGAGAAAGUUGUUUCAACUGCUUUAUCCGAACAAGAGAAAGAACCCAAGGAUGGUGAGGAAAAAGCUGUGCUGAUGACUGUGAUGUCAAACAAAAAUGAUCUUGCUUCCAUUGAGUCUUCCCAAGGUGAGGAGAGAACAGCUGUCUUUUUGAAAGAUGCAAAAACACCUCCAAAGAGUAUGGCUCUGUUGAGUCCAUCAAAGGAAAGGGAAAUUGGUCUCAAGGAGGCAGUCCAUAAUUCUUCCAAGAAACCAGAAGCAAUGAAUAGAGAGGGAAAAGCAACCGGUGUGAUGGGUAGCUCUAAAGAGGACCCCAGCUUUUUGUUAACAUUCACUGACCAAGAGCCAGAUUUGGAAGCCUGUGCAGUGACAGAUGAGCUUAGUCCUUCUCUUGGUGUUGUCUCCAUUACAGAUCGCAGGAAGGAAUCCCGCAGCAAGGCAGAGCACCGUUUGAAAUUUAGGAAAGGCUGUUACAAAGCAGAUUCAAGAAGAUCAGCGGAUCAAAGAAGCAUGACUGUUUUGUGGAACUACUCUACACAGGAGACAGUGGGCAGUGUCUCCAAAGAAGAAAGCACUUUAGAAAGACUCCCUGGUUUGAAGGAUUCAGAGAGCACUAAGGAUAUCUCAUGGCAAAAUCCUUCUUACUCAGAAGAACCCACUUCUGCAGUGGAAUCUAACAUUAUGAAAACUGUGCAAAUUAAUACUGAUGAUCAAGAAGGGGAGCUUGAGCACUUAGAACAUGGAAUGGCAGCUGGGGAAGCUUCUCCACAACUUGAUGGUGCACAGACUGUUAGUGGGGAUGAAAGAUAUCACAGCAAUGAACCAAAGCAGCUAGAAUUCUUCAGCAAAGAGCACUUAGACAGAAAGCAAGAAUUGGAAAAUAAGGGCUUUCAGACACUUGACUGGCUUUCUGAGCACAAUGAAGGGCUUGGUCCUCCCUAUAGAAGCAUAAAUAAGCCAACAGAUGUAGCAACAAACCUAUCUGUCAGGGGACAGUUGGCACGAGAAGCUUCUUUACUGUCUCUGCCAGUAUUUAGAAAAACGCUAAAUCCUCACCUAAGUAAAACAAAGACUAUUGAGAGUGCACCCUCCUCAAGGAAAGGGCAGGCAAUGAACUCUGAUUUGGGUGAUGUAAGUCCUGUCAACAAAGCUGAAUGGGCAUUGCAGACAUCAGGGGUUCAAACUGCUACGGACCUGGCUGUCCGUAAACGCACUUGGAGCAUUAGGGGCAGAGAUACUGUGGAACAUGUUCGCCCGAGGUCUGCAGAGUCUCCUACUGGCAGUACUUAUGAUGAUGAGACAAGGCCCUAUAUAUCCAGUCUCGUGCUGGAGGAAGAGGGGAAAGAGGAUGUAGGCCAGGAGGAUCCCACUGUGUAUACAUGCAUUGAGUGCAGCAUCUAUUUUAAGAUGAAGGAACAUUUGAUGGAUCACAUGCUUCAACAUAACAGAGGACUAGAUCUGGAUCAAGACAGAGAGGAUGCUGGAGAUCAAUGUCAGUUGACUUGUAAUGAGUGUGGAUGGGCUUUUGGGGACAUUGAUUCUCUAGAGCAGCACAGGAGACUCCAUCAGGAGUCACGAGAAAAAAUAAUUGAGGAAAUUCAGAAGCUUGAUGAAUUUCCGGAUGAAGGACGUGAUGCCAGGCUACAAUGCCCAAAAUGUGUGUUUGGCACUAACUCCUCUAAGGUGUUUGUCCAGCAUGCAAAAAUGCAUGUCAGGGAGAGGAAGGACCAAGGUUUGAAGCAUGUGAACUUGUUUGGCAAUUCUGGUGGUAGUGAACCAAGAGACAGCUCCAUUCACAAUAUAUACAGACACUUUCGGUCAAAUGAGUGUCUUCCUCAAACGACACAUAUGCACAGUAGCAACAAAGGUCAUAGUACUUGCAUGCUUUGCAGCUUUCCUGCCCCAAAUGACAAUAUUUUAAAAGAACACAUGAAAUACACUCAUUCACAAUUGCCAUGGAACACAGAGACUUUUGAAGCAGAUAUGAAUCAGCCUGGAACUAGUAGGGAUACCUACAGCCCUAACAGGUCCAGUCGAUUUUCAGAAAGUGAUUAUUUGAGCAAAGCAGACAGAUUCUUUCCCCAAUCCCACGGUGAGAUCAUUUCCCACUAUGACUCUCCCCCUGCCUUUCUAGGGGGCCAUCACAGACUUAAUAAAAGUAAUGGCAGUAAUAAGAAAGAAAUUCCAAAGCCUGGCUUUCGGGCUAGGAAACGAGCUCCCUAUACCUCCUCACAGAAGAUCUUGGAGAUGUCCUCUCUUACCUCAGCAAACGCUUACUCUCCACAUGCCCUAAAAGAAAGGAAUAAAAGCACAAUGCUGCCACUUGAUUCUGAGAGGGAGAACGCCAAAAGCCACCCAGGUGUGUUAGAAGAACUCCAGCACAAGUGGUUACCCAUAAAUGAUGUUAGGAGUAUGGAAGAAGAAUUCCCCUUAGCAACAGAAAUACAGUUAGCAGAGAAUAGAUACUUCAGGCCCUUUGCUAUUCCUCAGUCCGCCUUGGACCUCAAAAGGACUUUCAGGGGCACUUUGAAAGCAAUAGAUUUUUCAGUAGCAUCAGCAGGACAGCAGCACCAGUUACGUCAGAUGGUUCCUAUUGUAAUUGUUGAGGAGAUUAAUCUUUAUCGCAGAAAGGUGAAACGACCCAAGAUGAAAACUCUCAAAAAAAAGGUGUUGCCUCUCUCCCGAGAGUUUGGAAUGGAUGAGUCCCCUCCCCUAGGUGUCUUCCUAUUAGAUUCCUCUCUAGAAGGAUCUCUAGAACUGGAUGACCUUCUGGAUGCAGAUUCGUCGAUGUUGAAGAAUGAGGAGAGGAAAUGCCCAUACUGUCCUGACAGGUUCCACAAUGGGAUUGGCCUAGCCAAUCACGUGCGGGGCCACCUGAACAGGGUGGGUGUGAGCUACAAUGUCCGUCACUUCAUCUCUGCAGAAGAAGUGAAAGCUAUUGAGCAAAAAUUUUCCUUCCAAAAGAAGAAGAAAAAAGGUAUUGCAAACUUUGAUCCGGGUACCUUCAGUUUAAUGAGAUGUGAAUUCUGUGGGGCUGGCUUUGACACGCGUGCAGGCUUAUCCAGUCAUGCCAGGGCCCACUUGAGAGAUUUUGGUAUCACCAAUUGGGAACUUACCAUCUCACCAAUUAACAUCCUGAAGGAGCUAUUGGCCAAUUCUUCAGAACAUCCUAUGCUUCAAUCUGCACUAGGAACUGAUCCUUCAUCUCCAAAUCAAGACAGAGAGAUGCUUGGCUUUAGGCCCUGCAAAAGCACAACCCCCAUAUCCGAAUGCAGCAUUUCACAAUCACCUUUUUCCCCAUUUCCUCCUUCCUGGGGAGAUGAGCCCAUGCAGUCCUUCAGAGAUGUUAUGGCUUCUGAAGACGAAGAAGAAAUUGUUACUACGGAGAUGGGGUCGCCACCCCUUCAGAAGAAGAGUCCCAUGUCAGGGUCAUUAGACCAAAUCCCAAAUAGAAUAGGGGGUUCACUAUCUCCUGAAAUUUCCAGUAACAAAACCGACUCUCAAGAUUCCAAAACACCAAACCUCACGACAUGUGAGGUCUGUGGCACCUGCUUCGAGACACGCAAGGGCCUGUCCAGUCAUGCCCGUUCUCACUUACGUCAGCUUGGCGUGGCUGAGUCUGAGAGCAGUGGAGCUCCCAUCGAUUUACUGUAUGAACUGAUGAAGCAGAAGGGCAAAGUGGACAGCGGCCCCAUCUCUCCAGGUCUUAGCAAAAAAUCUGCUUCUCCCAAAGAAGGGACUGCAGGGUCCACACGGCCAACACUACUGCCUCUCAGCAAAGCUCCAGAAUGGCCCCAGGAGCCACCUGUAAACAAAGCAAUCAAAUCCCCUCCAGGUUUCACCCCCAAGAAUGUUGCCCAACCAGCAUCUCCCCUUCUCAAGAAAGUGGCUCCUGCUCUGCCUGGUUCUCCUCUGCCAAAGAACCCUGAAGACAAAAGCCCCAAGCUACCGCUGAGCCCUCUGCAGAGUUCUCCUAACGCACAGUGGCCGCAGCCGGAGGAAGAAGGCCCCUUAAAUCUAACUGUAGAUAGUGAUUCGGGCAGAGAAAAUGACUGCCAGUUAUGUGGUGCCUGGUUUGAAACCAGAAAGGGGCUGUCGAGUCACGCUAGAGCCCACCUGAGACACCUGGGAGUGAGCGAUCCAGAUGCUAAAGGAUCUCCUAUUGAUGUUUUAAAUGAGCUCAUCAAAAGUGAAGACUUCAAAGGCCAUCUUUCUUCUCUCCUCUCUAGUGAGAGAGAAUCAUUAGGGGAGACUGAGAGCUCUGAUGGACCGAGCCCAAAGAGCACAGCUACAGCAGCGCCUGCCACAGGCAUGAAACAAGUACAUUCACCAAGGCCUUUGGGCAAGCAGCCAUCUCUACUCUCACCUCAAUCCCCUCCAUCAUCCAAGAAAAUGAAGCCAAACGGUCACAGGCUGUCAGCUGUGGCUAAUCUUCAAAGAAAACAGGGUCUUUCAUCCAGUGCGUACUGGGAAUCAGAUGCUGAGAUGGCUCCACUCAAUCUCUCUUCUGGAGCAGAACCUGUGCGGGACAUCAGGUGUGAGUUCUGUGGUGAAUAUUUUGAGAACCGGAAAGGGCUCUCCAGCCAUGCCAGAUCACACUUGCGACAAAUGGGAGUGACUGAGUGGUAUGUAAAUGGCUCUCCCAUUGACACACUCCGAGAAAUUAUGAAGCGGCGAUCACAGCCUCGGACCAGUACCUCCAGCUCCCCAGCACAGGGUCAAAAAUCAGUUGCCCUGCCUGUUCUUGGAAGCUCUCUGGAACCCCACAGCCCAGGGGAAGGUCAUGUGCCUGCAAUCCCUAAGAAGGCACAUCCUCCAGGGAGCCCCAUGGGGCAUUCAUCUACCUCAUCUUCUCCCCCAACUGCUAGAAAAAUAUUCCCAGGGCUUCCUUCUCCUUCCUCUCUGCACAAGAAGCUGAAACAAGACCAACUACACAUGGAAAUCAAGCGAGAAAUGUUGUCUGGCGGACUUCACAACGAUUCACAUCUGUCCGACAGAGCUUGGUCACCACGAGAAGAUAUGUCCCCACUCAAUCUCUCUUCUCGUGCUGACCCUGUGCGGGAUAUUCGGUGUGAAUUUUGUGGUGAGUUUUUUGAGAACCGAAAGGGACUUUCCAGUCAUGCAAGAUCUCAUUUACGCCAGAUGGGUGUAACUGAAUGGUCAGUCAAUGGCUCCCCCAUUGACACACUUCGAGAAAUUAUAAAGAAAAAGAACAAGCCAUACUUCAUAAAGAAGGAGCCAAACACAAUGAGCAUUGAGCUUCCAAAAUCCAUGGGAGAUGAGGGAUUUGAUCCUAAAUCCCCUGGGAAAAUGCUGCAGUCCAUGUCCUUGUCCCCACUGGGUGGGAGGACUGGAAAACCAAAUCUUGGUCGGGAUAUCUCUCUCUCCCCACUCAAAUCACAGGAGGGAUUCUUUACGCCACUCUCUACUAAGCGUCCACUGUCAGAUGAGCGUCUGAGUAUUCACCACAGUGAAAUGAAGCAUAAAACCUACAUCCAGACUGAACUGCCAUUCAAAGCCAAGCAUAUGCAUGAAAAGCCCACUCAUACAUCCAGCGAAGCCUGCUGUGAACUCUGUGGCCUCUACUUUGAGAACCGUAAGGCACUGGCCAGCCAUGCUCGUGCGCAUCUCAGACAGUUUGGAGUGACUGAGUGGUGUGUGAACGGCUCCCCGAUCGAGACUUUAAGUGAAUGGAUCAAGCAUCGCCCCCAGAAAGCUGGAGCCUAUCGCAGCUAUAUCCAGGGAGGACGCCCCUUCACCAAGAAGUUCCGCAACGCCUCUCAUUUUCGUGAGAUCGAUCUCUCUGGGAAGAGGGUUCCCCUGAGCUUGCACGCCAGCAGCCCUCUACUGGCAAGCAGAAGCCUACUAGGGGAGAUGUUGCCCAGUGAGCCCAGCAAAGCUGUGGAUUGUGGUAGCAGUGGUGAGCGGCCUGCAGUCACAUUCCCUCUGUCUCUGGUGAAGGUGGAGGAGCAUCAGCACCAUAACAUCAACAUAGGAGCUGCGGCAGCUGUUGCUGCUUCUAUCAAACGAGGAACAGAAAAAGCUGAGCUCAACCUGCUAAGCGAAGGGAAAUGGCCCAGCCGAGGCAGCUGGUCACGUGGCUGUAUGAUGGCUAAAGAAACCACCCGGCAAUGGAGGAGGAGGGCGAGAGGAGGAGGAGGAGGUGGGAUGAGGAAAAGAAAAGGAGAAUUUGAACGGAGGCAGGCCAAGCCCGUUGAGGCUCCUCUACCUCGAGAAGAUGAGACCAGUGAUGUGCAGCAGAAGGCUGACGAGGCUCGCCAGCCACCUCUUAGAGUGAGACCAGUGCCCUCCUUGGUUCCAAGGCCACCACAGACUUCCUUGGUUAAGUUUGUGGGCAACAUCUACACGCUGAAGUGCAGGUUUUGUGAAGUGGAGUUCCAGGGCCCCCUCUCCAUCCAAGAGGAAUGGGUGCGGCACCUCCAGCGCCACAUCUUGGAGACUAACUUCUCCAAGGCAGAUGGCCUGAGAAGUGAGAUUGAUGUGCCUGUGGCACCACCUGUAGCUGAGGCUCAGUAGCAAAGCUCUUAGGAAGCACAAGCAUUCCAGGGUAUCUCCCUUACCUUUCCAGAUGAACAAGAGUAACAAACAGGGCCGGAAGCAGUAUUUGACCUUCUGGGUUCCACGGCUUCAUUUCUGAGGCAGGUAUCUGUGGGCUGACUUGGACUUUGGGAGGUUGGGAAAAGAGUCCCCGCAUUUAAGCACUAAAUGAACCACGCUGUUCCUAUUGGUGAUGCUCUUUAUUGACAGCAGUGAUACUCCAGAUUGGAGUUUGCCCUUGGGCAUUCUGUCUGCACAGAGCUGAGGGUAUGGAACAAAGUGAAAUGGGAAUUUCCUUGUCCUUCCAGUGAAUCCAAGUUUCUCCAAAGACACACUCUCAUUAUAGGAAGCAUGGGCUUUCUCUGUUACAGCUCAGGCUGUAAGAGGUGUGAUGGUAAGAGUUGUGAAUAUGAGGUUCUAGUGAAAGUUGUGAACAUGAGGAUCUGUGUGAAGCCAAGGUUAGGCAAGAUGGGAGGGUGGAUGCAGAGCUCUUUUGCUCUGUGGGGAAAGUUGUUGAUUCUGUAUGUGACCCUAGAGUUGAUGUGCGUUUGACUCCUUAGGUGACAAGUCUUUAGUUUCUGUAGAUGUUGGGUCCUGUUGUGCAUGUUCAUGUCCUCCAACUAUGUGUACUGGGAAUUGGUCCCAUCAGCAGUAAAGCGGAAGUAAUGAAUUUCUUGACCAUAUACACUUCCCCUUUUCCUCACUUCCUGAUACCACUUGGUUAUUCCUGUCUAUUUCAUGUGGGACCCUUCAUUUAGGAAACCCAGCUCUGCCAUUAUUAUGAUAAUCAGAUUUUGGCAGAGGAGUAUGUUGCAUUUCUUGUCUUUAGCCCUAUAAUGAAGUAUGGGCCAUGAUUUCCCUAUGGUGACAUCUGCCUGAAAUCAGUGGAAACGUGUGCUUUUGACCAAUUCUGAAUAAGCACGUUCUUUUCAAGAGUACAUGGAAGGCUGAGGGGAGCAUGGCCUUCUGGACUUCUUGGUGGAAGGGCUGUGAUCCUCCUUUCUAGCAAACCCUUGGUGCCGUUCCCAAAUCAGCAACAGUAGACCCUGUUGGAAUUCCUGCUUUCCUGUUUUUGGUUACUGUUGCUGUACUUUUUCUCUCUUCAUAGAACCUCAACUUUUUAAACUCUAGUUUUGUGUAGAAAUAACAAGCAUUUGUUUUUAUUUGGAGCCAGGCUGUGCAGAGCCUGGGAGAAAAUUACCUUUUAACUUUUUCAGUGGGCAUAUUCUGGUUAUUACUGUAUCUAGGAAUAUGUAUAUUAGAUUAAAUUCUGUUCUGGAAACAAAAUGGAGAA